AGUAAACAAACUUUAGCUCCACGAUUUUUUGUAAAAUUUAGCAGGAAAAACAAGAAAAUUGUGGAAAAAUUAGUGUUUUUUGAGUAAAUAAGUCAUUAGAGCAGCUGGAAAAAGUAAAAAACCGGAGAAAAUUGAAGAAUUUUGAGAAAAAUAUUGAAAAAGUUGGUUAAGCGGCCAUUUUCAACGUAGCGCCGUACUAAAAAAACAACAAAAAAUCACAUUUUUAUGACUUAAAAGGAGAAAAACGCCCCAAAAAUGAGCGAUCAGGACAGCGACAACGAGGAUCAAGGCGGAAUUAACUUGACCGGUUUCCUUUUCGGCAACGUCGAUGAAAAAGGGCAACUUGAAAAUGACUUUUUGGAUGAAGAAGCAAAGAAACAUCUUUCAUCGCUGCAUCGAUUUGGCAUCGGAUCGAUCCUUUCGGGCGUCAUGACGGAAGAAGAUCGUCGCGAAAUCGACAGCGACGCGGAUUCUUCGAGCGCUGACGAGCGAAAUCCCAAGCAAGACAACCCCGAUCGCUUUGAUGACACGGAUUUUUCGAAAAAAGACGACUCGGCGGUGGAUUUUUCGGAUAUUAAUGAACUCGCGGAUGAAAGUUCGCCACGCAGGGAGGAAGAAACGGCGGAAAAACAAGAAAAAAGUGAAGAAAAGCCAGUUUCGAAGGAAAAUGACUUCGAAAUGGACCUGGAAGAUGCGAUUCCGGCAAAUAAACUCGUCAAUAAUGCGGAAAGCGGGAACUCUAAUGCUGCGAAAUCGACUGAGGAAGGCUCGAAUGACAAAGAAUUGAUGCCGCCGCCGCCUCCGUUGAAACUAAUCAUGCCAACCCCUCAAGAAUUGGCUGAACGCGAAACAAACGGACCAAACACAGGCGAACGAAAACUAGAUACGCCUCUUGCUGCUAUGCUGCCCUCCAAAUACGCCAACACUGAUGUACGCGAACUCUUCCCCGACUUCAGUCAGGACAAAGUUUUACGCUUUUCCCGCCUUUUUGGUCCCGGCAAGAUCAGUUCAUUGCCCCAAAUAUGGCGCAGCGUGCGUCGUCGUCGCAAAAAGAAAUUAGCAAAAGAGCGCGAAACGAAAUUCAAAGAUGGCUCCGACUCGACAAGUGACACUGACGAACCAACCCGCACCCGUGGCUUCGCUUUAAACUUUGCGCCAAUUCCGCCAAAAGAUCAAUGGGCAAGUGACGACGAGGAAAAGUUGCUAAGCGCCCAUACUGACGUCGAUAAGGAAGAAAAAAAGGAAACAAGCGGCUCAAACGAAGCAAAACCCGCUGUCGCUGAUUGGCGUUUCGGCCCAGCGCAAAUUUGGUACGACAUGUUAGACGUUCCUGAAACAGGCGAAGGCUUUAAUUACGGUUUCAAGUUAAAACCAGAGGACGAACCAACAAAAGACGAGGAAAAUACGAACCCGAUACCGGAUGAUGCCUUUUUGAUGGUCUCGCAAUUGCAUUGGGAAGACGAUGUUGUGUGGGAUGGCGCCGAAAUUAAGCACAAAGUCAUGCAAAAACUCAAUUCCAAGACAAAUGCAGCAGGAUGGUUGCCUUCUUCAGGAUCGCGAACCGCAGGAGCUUUCAGUCAACCCGGCAAAAGUGUUCCGCCAGCAACAGCAAUUCCCGGAACAAAAAAUUUACCAUCAACUUCGAGCAAAAAAGCGCAAUUAUUGGCGAAUAAAAACCAAAAUGAGGAUCAAGACGAUACUUGGUACAGCAUUUUCCCCGUCGAAAAUGAGGAAUUAGUGUACAGCAAAUGGGAGGAUGACGUAAUUUGGGAUGCGGAACAAAUGUCAAAAAUACCCAAACCGAAAGUUUUGACCUUAGAUCCCAACGACGAAAAUAUAAUUCUCGGAAUUCCCGAUGAUAUUGAUCCCUCAACGAUCCGUCAAAACACUGGCCCACAGCCAAAAGUAAAAAUCCCGCAUCCACACGUCAAAAAAUCCAAAAUUUUACUCGGCAAAGCGGGCGUGAUUAACGUUUUAGCGGAAGACACGCCCCCUCCGCCGCCCAAAUCGCCCGAUCGUGACCCCUUCAACAUCUCGAACGACGUUUACUACCAAGCCAAGAGCUCGGAGGCGGUUCUUCGGUUAAAAGUGGGCGGAGCUAACCUCAUUCAGCAUUCAACGCCCGUCGUAGAGCUACGAGCGCCUUUUAUCCCGACCCAUAUGGGUCCCAUGAAGUUGCGUGCCUUCCAUCGUCCCGGCAUGAAGAAAUUUUCGCAUGGCGCGCUAUCAUCAACUGCCCCCCAACCGGUGUUGCCACUCGUGAAACACAUCAAAAAGAAGGCGGCGCAACGAAAUGCCGAACGAAUCGCCUCGGGAGGCGGAGAUGUGUUCUUUAUGCGAACCCCGGAUGACCUCACGGGACGUGAUGGCGAGAUAAUUCUCGUUGAAUUCUGCGAAGAACACCCGCCGCUGAUGAAUCAAGUAGGAAUGUGUUCGAAAAUUAAGACUUAUUACAAGAGAAAGGCGGCAAAAGACAGCGCUCCGCAAGAUUUCAAGUACGGCGAAGUGGCAAUCGCUCACACAAGUCCCUUUUUGGGCAUUUUACAUCCGGGGCAGUGGAUGCAAGUGGUCGAAAAUAACAUGUAUCGCGCUCCCAUCUACCCCCAUAACGUAAAUUCGUCAGAUUUUCUCGUUAUUCGUACGCGCCAAAAUUAUUUCAUACGAGAAAUUGACGCGUUAUUUGUCGCGGGGCAGGAAUGCCCGCUGUAUGAAGUGCCUGGACCAAAUUCAAAACGAGCUAACAACUUCACGCGGGACUUUUUACAAGUUUUUAUCUAUCGUCUCUUCUGGAAGAGCAAAGAUAACCCACGAAAAAUCCGCAUGGAUGACAUUAAAAGAGCUUUUCCCGCGCAUUCUGAGUCGAGCAUCAGAAAGCGGCUUAAGCAAUGUGCGGAUUUCAAGAGAACCGGCAUGGAUUCGAACUUUUGGGUCAUAAAACCCGAAUUUCGACUGCCUUCGGAGGAGGAAAUUCGAGCAAUGGUCUCGCCGGAGCAGUGUUGCGCCUACUUUAGCAUGAUCGCCGCCGAGCAAAGACUAAAAGAUGCGGGUUAUGGAGAGAAAUUCAUCUUUGCGCAGGAAGAUGACGACGAAGAAUCGCAAUUAAAGUUGGAUGACGAAGUAAAAGUAGCUCCUUGGAACACGACUCGAGCCUAUAUUCAAGCUGUCAAGGGAAAAUGCAUCCUUCAACUCACCGGACCAGCUGAUCCAACCGGUAUUGGUGAAGGAUUUUCUUAUGUGCGGAUGCCAAACAAGCCCACACAGAACAAAGAAGAGCAAGAAAGUCAACCGAAACGAACCGUAACUGGCACAGACGCCGAUUUGCGUCGUCUUUCGUUGAAUAAUGCCAAAGCCCUGCUUCGAAAAUUCCAAGUUCCCGAAGAAGAGAUCAAAAAAUUGUCCCGUUGGGAAGUUAUUGACGUCGUGAGAACCCUUUCAACGGAAAAAGCUAAAGCCGGCGAGGAGGGAAUGGAUAAAUUUUCGCGUGGAAAUCGCUUUAGUAUCGCCGAGCAUCAAGAACGGUACAAAGAAGAGUGUCAACGCAUCUUCGACUUGCAAAAUAAAGUACUUGCCAGCGCCGAAGUACUUUCUACGGACGAAGGAGAGUCCACAGUCAGCGAAGAAUCGGAUCUCGAAGAGCUCGGAAAGAAUUUGGAAAAUAUGUUGGCAAACAAAAAGACCUCCACACAACUCUCGAUGGAACGCGAAGAGCAAGAACGUCAAGAAUUGCUGCGAAAAAUCAUGGAAGAACGUGAAAAUAGCGGAAAACCAAAGUCCAAAAAGGACGAAGAAGCAAUGGCGUCGCAACAAAGCCCGACAUCGAGAAUUUUGAAGAUUACGAGAGUUUUUAAAGACUCGGAUGGGAAGGAAUAUACGAGAGCUGAGACGGUAAGAAGAGGUCCUGUGAUCGAUGCUUAUGUGAAAAUUCGCACGACGAAGGAUGAGGCCUUUAUUAAGCAAUUUGCGACACUGGAUGAGGCGCAAAAGGAGGAAAUGAAACGGGAAAAGAGACGAAUUCAGGAGCAGUUGAGACGAAUUAAGAGAAAUCAGGAGAAGAUUGGGUUGUUGCAGCAACAGACGAAGGAGCCAAAUUUGAGUGUUGGAACGCCGUUGACGUUGGGAGAGAAGAAAUCCAGUUUUUUGUCAACAAGCCCAACAUCCAGCAGCUUCUUCAAAGGCGACUUGCACUCAUCGAAGAAGAAAAUCAAGCUAAAACCCGAUUUGAAGCUCAAAUGCGGCGCUUGCGGUCAAGUUGGUCACAUGCGUACCAACAAAGCGUGUCCCCAAUACACGGGCACCAUCCCAACGCCGAGCGUCAAUGUCGCCAUUACGGAAGAAGAGGAAGAGCAAAUCGAACGCCAGCUCAACGACGAGGACGAAAAUCUCGUAAACAUCGACGGCACCAAAGUCAAACUCAGCGGCAAGCUCUUAAAACGCCAGGAAGAGAUCAAACGUCGCACAUUGUUGCUCAAAGUGCCCAAAGAUGCCGUCGGCCGAAAGAAACGUCGCAUGGGCAGCGGCGAUUGCGACUAUUUGCAACGCAAUAAAACAGCAAAUCGCCGCAGAACUGAUCCCGUGGUCGUGCUUUCGUCAAUUUUGGAGCAAAUUUUGAACGAUAUUCGUGACAUGCCGGAUGUUCAACCGUUUUUGUUCCCCGUCAAGGAGAAGCAAGUGCAAGAUUAUUACCGAAUUAUCACGAGACCGAUGGAUUUGCAGACAAUUCGCGACAAUUUACGGCAAAAACGGUACCAAAGUCGCGAGGAAUUCCUCGCCGACGUCAAUCAAAUUGUCGAAAACUCGAAUUUGUACAACGGGCCUCUGCAUAAUUUGACAUUUGCUGCUAAAAGAAUGCUUCAGCGGUGCGUCGAUCGUUUGGCGGAACGCGAAGAACGCUUAAUUCGCUUGGAAAAAGCCAUCAAUCCGUUGUUGGAUGACAACGAUCAGGUCGCGUUGUCGUUCAUUUUCGAGAAAAUCAUUAAUGGCAAGUUGAAAACGAUGCAGGAAAGUUGGUCCUUCCUCAAACCGGUCGACAGGAAGAAAGUUAAGGAUUAUUACACGGUUAUUCGACGUCCCAUGGAUCUCGAAACGAUCCUGAAAAAGAUCAAAGCGCAGAAAUAUCACUCGAGACAGGAGUUUUUGGGCGACAUCGAGCUCAUUGUGCAAAAUUGCGAGCAAUAUAACGGUUUGGAGCACACGUUGACGUCGCAGGCACGUUCGUUGCUCAACGAGGCGCAUCAAUCGGUGAACGAAUUGAGUGAACAUAUCACGCAAUUGGAAGCGAAUAUUGUUUUGGCGCAGGAAAGGGCUCGAAAUGAGGUUGAUGACAGCGGAUGGGCUGAUUAUGAGCACGAUGGCGAUGAUUCGCCGGAAAAUUCGCAGAUGGAAGAUGGGUUUGAGAGGUCGAUGUCGCAAACGGGCUUCAAUAAGUCGAGUUCGAUGCUGAUUCCGCCGAUGCCAGAGGUGAAACGAAGCAGAGGAAGACCGAGAAAGCAACCUUUGCCGGGCAGUGCGGAAGAUUUGAGUAUGACGCCGACUAUAAAGCGAGGCAGAGGUCGCCCACGGAAGGAUAGUAUGACUCCAGGAGGCGGCGGAGGCAAUUUGGAAGAAGAUUUACAAUUCUCAACUGACGACGAGGAAGAAUUCGAAGACGUCGACAACGUCGGUGACUGUUUAGUACAAGGAGAAAGUGCCAACAGCACUCAAAUGUCAAGCAGCAUGAUGGGUCAAGGCGAAGAUGACAGUCAACAAGCUGCCGAAGCGAUGGUUCAACUCAGUGGCAUCGGUUUUUACAAUCAAACGCAAGGCGGAGACGAUUCAAUCGACAUCGAUCCAAAUUACGAUCCCAGCGACUUCCUAUCGAUGAAUAAUCGCAACAUUAAUCCAUCGAAUCAACCGUCAACGUCAUCGAGCAACACUUUCCUCGCCCCAUCCGCUCCAGCUCCUUCUUCAUCGCGCGAUUUUGACAUCCCCGCAGCUCCCAUCGAAUACAAAUUCGACCCGACUAACAUGCAAUUCACGCCGAUGCACGAACCAGCUUACCCCGUAAUGGAUUUCACGGCAAAACCAAGCGUUCCACACUCUUACGAGCAAAUGGCGGCGGCAAUUCAGGAACAAAUGCAGUUCGACACGAGUGAUUCGUACCAAGAUUCGUCGAUGCAACCACAACAACAACAGCAACAUCACGAAGAAAACAUGCCAGUUUAUCAAUUUGGACCUCCCGGCGGUCAAAUUCCGCAAUUCCCGCAGCAAAUUGUGACGAAACAAGAACCGCAAGACCAUCACGACGGCAUGGAACCGCAAGAGCCGCCGCUGCAUGACGACUUGGCAAUUUCCGAUAGCGACGACGAACAAAAUCGCUCGAUGCACGAACCGCCCAACAACGAAGACGAAGGCGAGGGACUCUGGUUUUAACUUAAAAAUCGAGAAAAUUAAUUGUUAAGUUUUGUAUUUUAAGAUUUCAAUGUGUAUA